CUGCAGACAUUCACAGGAAGCUGGACCAGCAAUGGCUCUGCUGAAAGUUCAUCUGCUGCUGCUGCUACUGGGUGUUUUAGUGAACUCAGUUGUUUCUCUGCAGAAGAGAAUCAUUGGAGGUCAUGACUGUGAUGACAAGGAGCGUCUUUACCAUGUUCGACUGGAGAACAACGACGGAGAGAAAAAGUCACACUGUGGAGCAUCUCUGAUCCACCCUGAGUGGAUCUUGACUGCAGCUCACUGCGUUGAGUUAGAGACAGGAUGGCAUAACAUACCAAUGUUCAAAGUUCAUCCACGUACUGCUAAACAGCAGAAUCAGGUAAUCCGACACCCUCCUGUGAUCUAUUCUUCUGGCCAGUUCCAUGACAUCAUGUUGCUGAGGCUUCGGAGACCAGUAACAGACGUCCCACCUGUUCAGCUACCAAAUUGCAACAAUCGUCUCAAAGUAGGCGAUACAGUUCAGCUGGCAGGAGAGGGAGGAACGACAACCGGCCCCAAUAAUCUGCGAAUAUUCAUGCCUCCUGAUUCAUACCGUCUUCAGUGUGUCGACAUGAAAGUUGUUGGUGUUUCCGAGAUCAAGCCGGGAAGUGGGCAUAUAUUCUAUACUUCAGAAGCGAACAGGGAUAUAAGUUCAGCCGACUCUGGUUCAGGAGUGAUCUUCAACAACAUGAUUUAUGGCGUCAUUUCUCAAGCUCCACUAACCCAUGCAUUUCUGGGUCCUAUUGCUGUCAUGGACGUGUGUGGAUACAUGGAUUGGAUAAAACAAACAAUUGCGCUUAAAUAAAACAAUCAUGAAAUAAAAUUCUCAUCAAACUUCCUCUCAGAUAUAAUGUCAUAAUCCGACAUUAUGACAUGUCUGAUUAUGACAUGUCAUAAUUCGACAUGUCAGAUUAUGACAUGUUCUACAUGUUCUACAAACAUGUUCUACAACAUGUUUGUUGUAGAACAUGAUCAUGAUGUUCUACAACAAACUGUUGUAGAACAUCAGUUUGUUCUACAAGUUUGUAGAAUUAGGAUGAAUGAAUAGUUUUGGUUUUUUUCAUCUGAUCUUGAUGUCCUAAUGGAGCUUUCUCAAUAAAUGAAUGAA